CUCGCUGCAGGUGCUGUUGCCAACCCUAUCGAGAAGCGUGCUGCUUGCUCUUCUUACACUAUCAUCUCUACCCGCGGUACCGGCGAACUUCAGGGACCCUCUGCUGGCUUCAGAACCAUGAACUCCCAGACUCUUGCCCAAGUCCCCGGCGGCACUGUUUACAACACCGUCUAUCUUGCCGACGCCAGUCAGAACUCUGCUCUGGGUACCGCCGACAUCGUCAACAAGGUCACCUCCUCCCUCGCCACCAACCCCAACAUGUGCUUCAUUCUCCAGGGAUACUCUCAAGGCGCCGCCGCCACCGUAAACGCUAUGUCCCGCCUCACCGGCGCCUCCAUGGACGCCGUCAAGGGUGUCUUCCUCAUCGGCGACCCCGAGCACCGCUCCGGCCUUGCCUGCAACGUCGACGCCAACGGCGGCACCACCACCAAGAACGUCAAUGGUCUCUCUGCUCUCCUCGGUGGUAUUCCUACUGCUUGGGUGGCCAAGACUAUGGAUGUUUGCGCUUUCGGAGACGGUGUUUGCGAUACCACUCAUGGAUUUGGUAUCAACGCUCAGCACCUUUCUUACCCUUACUCGAGCAGUGUGCAGAGCAUGGGUACUAAGUACAUGGUUGGCAAGCUCACUGGCUCU